ACCUCGGCGUCAUCAGCGUGCGUGAAAACAAUCAACUGAUAAACAACAGGGGACAGAGGUAAAUAGAUUACCGUCUCUUCUUUAGCCUAAAUGGAGCUGGUUGCAGCGACGUUAAGAUUACCUGCAAGUUAUUCGUGACUAAACACGUGCGUGUUUUGUAUCUUAUCCUGAAGACGUCGAAAGAAAAGGUGUUGAGGAGAUAACUUUACAACGAGAUGUGUGAGGGACCUUCGUCUAUAUCUGGGCCAAUUCCCCCGGAUCCUUCUCUGUUUCCCCAGUACUACAAGCGACCAGCUUCAGCUCGGGGUCGUUUAGAGGGAAACCAUGAUGGUACUUUGGCCCUGCUUUCAGGGCCCCUUGCUCCAGAUCCUGUGUUGUACCCAGGUUGCUACAGUGCUCGUACCCCAGCACAACACCCCCGCAUCAGCCCCAAUGCUACCCAUAUCCUGGAACGAGGUCAGAAAGGGGUUGUAGGGGAAUUACUAAAAAUAGACAGUAUUUCUAUCUCUCCUGUUCCAAAACAGAAACAGCGAGUGAUGCAUGAUUUUGGUAAAGAGAACGUCCGUCGACUGCGAGAGAUCCAGAAACGCUGCAAAGAGCAGGAGGCUGAGAGAGCACAAUCACGUGCUGUUCCAGUUAAAGCUCUUUGGACCGCCUCAAAAUACCAGAAUGUCCCAUCCAGGGUGAUGGCUCAGCUGCAGGUUUCCAGUCCAAGUGUUAAGCCACAGUGUCAAAACUUUCUGAAGGCGCAUUCCUAUGGUGGAUCUGCUUCCCCACAAAGGCCACAGUCCAAAACUUCACGUGUAGCUGAGCAGCGUCGGGCCUCCUGCAACUCUACACAGGACCUGGACUUGCAAUUACAGGUUCAAGGUCAGACAAUAGACUUCAUAAAACAUAAUGCCCGGACUGCAGGAAAAACUGUGAUUCGGCGGUCCCAGUCACUGACAAACCUCAGAGAUAAGCCUGUACCCAGUGCAGUCAAGGGCCAGGUUCCUCAAUACCUUCAGGAAAGGAAGGAGCAGUGGCGUAAAGAGAAAGAAGAAAGGAGGAGGAAUACUCCUGAUCCUACGGUCCCAACUGGACACACCUUGAUGCCUGAGAAUGAGAGACAGGAGACUCUGAAGUCCCUAAAAGACACCCACCGCUCCCUGGUGACCGAGCUGCUCUCCCUGCCUCUCAAAGCUGACAAUCUGAGUAUUCGCUCACGCCGGGCCCAACUUGACUGUAGGCUUUCUGAAAUUGAAGAAGCCAUAAAAAUUUUCUCCAGGGACAGAGUUUUUGUAAAAAUAGAUUCCUAACACACGAGUAAAAGGAGGAAAGGAAGUGGCUAAGUAAAUGUAUUGCUUUAUUGAGAUUAAUUUUCUUUUUUUUAGUUGCAUUAGGUAACAUUACGCUGAUUGUUGUGAAAUUUUUAUUUUUUUAAAUGUGAUUAAAUCAUUUUAUAAGCUUAUUACAAAAUACAAAAAACAAAAUAUUAUUGAAGUGAUAAGAUUCUUACGUGAAACUUGUCCUUUAUACAUGCUGCUCACUUGUAGGUAGAAAAGAGAGGCAGAUAUUGUCCAAACUUACCAUCAUCUUUAGGUGUCAUUUGCUGAGAUGUCAUUUCUUUUGUAUGGAUGUGCUAAUGACUUAUGAUUGUGACUGCUAAUGAUUUAUAAUAAAGAACAUUUUUGUGAA